AUGAAACUCCUGCGCCACGUGAAAGAUCCGGUGCUGCAUCUCCUGCAGAUGAUCCCCUGGAUACCGUGGUUUCGCAAAAAGCAGAAAGAUCUCGACGAUUUGAAGAAAGAAGUUGACAUGGAUGAGCACAAGAUUUCACUCGACGAGCUGUGCCAACGUUUCACAACCGACCCUCGAAAUGGGCUCUCAUCAAGCGAGGCUGCCGAACGACUCAAAACCAAUGGCCCCAACUCCCUCACCCCGCCCGCUCAGAAAAGUGUCAUCAUCGAGUUGGGCGAACAUUUAUUUGGUGGUUUCAACUUUCUUUUGUGGGGAGCCGGUUUCUUCUCGCUGCUCGGUUUUGUUCUGGAGGUUGUCGACGAUAAGAAAAACUACGAGAAUCUCUACAUGGCAAUUCUCAUGAUCGUGAUCGUUUUGGGGACGGGGUCCUUCUCAUUCUACCAGAAUCGAACGUCGGCCAACAUUAUGAAGAGUUUUGCGAAUAUGAUUCCGACAACGGCUCACGUGAUUCGUGAUGGGCGACAUAUGGAUAUCAAAGCCGAAGAGGUGGUGCUCGGGGAUCUGAUUUGCGUGUCUGGGGGUGACAAAGUGCCAGCCGAUGUUCGAGUUACGGAGUCGAAGGGAUUGAAGGUAUUUGCAUCAUUCUUGUCGCACAUAUCUUUUGUACUUUGGGUGGAUAACUCGUCGAUGACUGGAGAAUCCGAGCCACUCUUCCGCACCGCCGAAUUCACCCAUGAUAACGCGCUCGAGACAAAGAACAUGAUGAUGUUCUCGACGAAUGUAGUCGAGGGAACUGGUCGAGGAAUUGUCGUCAAAGUCGGAGAUAAUACGGUGAUGGGACGAAUUGCUGCAAUCACUGCAACCGUUAGCCCUGGCCCAACCCCGAUUGUCAAGGAAAUUAACCACUUUAUUCGGAUUAUCGGUUCGGUGGCAUUUGUGGUUGCUUCGGCGUGCUUUAUCGCUUUUAUCGCGGAAGGGGGCGCCUUUCUCGAUGCGAUCGUCUUCAUGAUGGGAAUCUUUGUUGCCAAUGUACCCGAGGGAAUCACCGCCACCGUUACUGCAUCGCUCACGUUGACGGCGAAGAAAAUGCGCAAGAAGCAUUGCUUGGUAAAGAAAUUGGACGCAGUGGAGACGCUGGGAAGCACGUCGACAAUUUGCUCGGACAAAACCGGCACUCUGACGCAAAAUCGAAUGACCGUUGCGCAUGUUUGGUUUGAUGGAAGGAUUGACGAGGCAGUCACUUGCGGUGAGAAAGGAGAACAAGUCGGCGAGGGAAUCCCACUCGACGGAUGCUAUGCAGAUUUGAUGCGCUGUGCCACUCUUUGUUCUCGAUCGGAUUUCAAAACCGAUGAUAUCGAUGUGCCGGUGCAAAAGCGGGAUACGGUUGGUGAUGCGUCGGAGACGGCAAUUCUCAAAUACUGCGAGCUGGUGCGAUCCGGAGGAGAACCGAAGACGGCCGUUCACGAUUUCCGUGACCUCUACCCAAAAGUGGCCGAACAGCCGUUCAACUCGAUCAACAAGUAUCAAUUGUCAAUUCACACUGGAGAGAAGAAUGGAGCACAUGUCAUUAUGCUAAAGGGUGCUCCCGAGAAAGUGUUGGCCAUGUGCAAAUCAAUGGCGACGUCGAAAAGUGGCGAAGAGAUAAACGAAAAAAGCAAGGCCGCAUUCCAGAAUGCCUACGAUCUACUUGGAGGAAUGGGCGAACGUGUGCUUGGAUUUGCCGAGUUGGUGCUUCCCAUACAGGAUUUCCCACCCGGCUUUACUUUUGACACCGAGACGGUCAACUUCCCAGUUCAAGGUCUUCGUUUCCUUGGUCUCAUCUCGAUGAUUGACCCUCCACGUCCUGGUGUGCCGAUGGCCGUGCGUUUGUGUCAGAGUGCCGGCGUCAAAGUGGUGAUGGUGACCGGGGAUCAUCCAAUUACGGCGCAAGCCAUUGCAAAACACGUUCAUAUCAUUGACAGGAAGGCUCGUGUGACGUGGCUGGUGGAUGAUGAGCCUGUGGUUGGGGAAGAGGAGUAUGGAACGGGUCGUCUUCAGAUGACGGAAGCAAUCGUUGUGCAUGGGGAACAGCUGAAGAAAUUGACGGAGAAGACAAUCGACUCGAUUGUUUCCAACUAUCAACAGGUGGUCUUUGCUCGGACAUCUCCUACUCAAAAACUUCAAAUCGUCGAGGCUUAUCAAAGGAAUGGACAAAUUGUGGCUGUUACUGGUGAUGGAGUGAACGAUGCACCGGCUUUACGCAAAGCGGACAUUGGCAUUGCAAUGGGCAUCGCGGGUACGGAUGUGUCAAAGCAAGCGGCCAAUAUGAUUCUUCUCAACGACAAUUUCGCGUCAAUCGUUACGGGUGUUGAAGAGGGACGAAUCAUCUUCGACAACUUGAAGAAAUCAAUUGCCUAUGUGUUGACGUCAAACAUUGGAGAAGUGACACCGUUCAUCUCGAACGUGAUCUUCGGUUUGCCAUUGCCGAUGUCGUUGAUUUCGAUUCUUCUCAUUGACAUGGGCACAGAUUUGUGGCCAGCCGUUUCACUUGCCUACGAAGCUCCCGAGAAUGACAUCAUGAACCGGCCACCACGUAACUCGAAACAUGAAAAGCUUGUGAAUUCUCGCCUCAUCCUCUUCUCGUACCUGAACAUUGGCAUCAUCCAAGCAACCGCUGGCUUUUGCACUUAUUUCUAUAUCCUGAUGCUUAAUGGCUUCAUGCCACUGGAUCUCUUUUGGAAACGAGAGAAAUGGACCGAUCCCUACUUUGAGAAUUACGAGGACUCGUGGGGACAAGAAUGGUCGUACCAAGCCAGGAAGGAUUUGCUCUAUCAAUGCCACUCGGGAUUCUUUGCCACAAUGGUAAUCGUUCAAUGGGCUGAUUUGUGGAUCUCGAAGACGCGCAAGAACUCGAUGGUCAAUCAGGGGAUGCAAAACUGGGUGAUGAACUAUGGAAUGUUAUCGACGGUGAUGUUGAUGUUCCUCUUUUUGUACGUCCCCGGCCUCAGCAUGGUGCUCGGUCAGGUGCCAUUACGCUUGACAAUGACGAUGAUUGCCGUUCCAUUUGCCGUGUUCAUCUACAUGUACGACGAGACGCGCAAGUUCAUCAUCCGCAAACGACCCGGCGGAAUAGUCUACCGUCUCACCAACUAC